GACCAGAGCGGGUUAGUGUGGAUACGCAGCGUAGCGCACGGCUGAGGACUCACAGCGCAACUCCAACACAAAUGGAUAUUUACGUGACUUUGUUAUCCCUUUUCUUUUUUACCAAACCAGCUUUGGCUUUCGGAUCAGAUCAAGACUACCAGAUUGAUAUCAUCAAUGAACUUGACCUGGCAAAUGCCACCUAUGGAAUUACCCAAGUGGCGGGGCUUCACAACAGCAGCAAAGCCUUCCUUUUUCGAGAUGUUGGGAGAGCAGUUCACGCCCCGGCACACAUUACAGAGAAAGUGGUGCAGCUGUUCAGAAGUAAAAGUGAGUUUACCUUCUUGGCCUCCAUCCAGCAGAAGUCCUCUACAUCAGGAGUCAUAUUCUCCAUCCACGAGUCAGAACACAGUUACUUUGAGCUGGAGAGCAGUGGGGUGAGAGAGGAGAUCCGCUACCACUACCGCUUCAAAGGCAAGCCACGCUCCGAGUCCUUCCCCUAUCGCCUCGCUGACGGACAGUGGCACAAGAUUGCCCUCACCAUCAGCGCCUCCCACCUACUGCUGCACGUCGACUGUAACAGGAUUUAUGAGCGGGUGAUAGACCCUCCUCAGAUGGAGCUCACCCCAGGCAGUGGAGUGUGGCUAGGUCAGCACAGCCACAAGCAUGGCCUGUUCAAGGGCAUUAUCCAGGAUGUGAAGCUGAUUUUUGCCCCCAAUGGCUACAUCACACAGUGUCCUAACCUGAACCGCACUUGUCCGACCUGCAGCGAUUUCUUGAGCCUGGUGCAAGGCAUCAUGGACCUUCAGGAGCUCCUGGCCAAGAUGACUCUGAAGUUAAACUAUGCUGAGUCCAGGCUUACCCAGUUGGAGGGCUGUCACUGUGAAAGGACCUGCAGUGCCAAUGGCCUGGUGUACCGGGAUAAGGAGCUGUGGGUGGAGCCUGAGAACUGUAGGAACUGUGCAUGUAAGAAUGGUGUGGUGGAGUGUCGCAGGAUUUUCUGCCCUCCGGCAAACUGCUCAGAGGACUUGCUGCCUGUACAUGUUGAUGGGACGUGCUGCAAGAAGUGCAGACCAAAAUGCACCUACAUGGGCCAGACCUUUUCUGAAGGCCAACGCUUUUUAUCCAGGAGCUGCAGGGAAUGCAAGAACGGCCUGAUGGUGAAAGUCAUGGAAACUUGUCCAGAGAUCAACUGCACCGUCAGUGAACAGAUCUUACCAGAUGGCAGGUGCUGCAAUGUUUGCAGAGGUUAUGACUUCUGCGCAGAGGGACUCAUUUGUGGAGAAAACUCUGAGUGCAAAAACCGGAAUACUAAAGCAGAGUGUGAAUGCAAGAGCGGCUAUGCCUCCAUCCACGGGGAUUCUACUUACUGUGAAGAUAUUGAUGAGUGUGCAACCCAGAUGCAUUACUGCCAGUCCAACACGGUGUGUGUCAACCUGCCCGGCAGCCAUCGCUGUGACUGUCUGCCAGGCUUCAUCAGAGUGGAUGAAUACUCCUGCACUGAGCAUGACGAGUGUGCCAGUGGCCAAAAUUUGUGUGAUGAGAACGCCAUCUGCACCAACACCAUCAGAGGACACCUGUGUACCUGCAAGCCGGGCUACGUGGGCAACGGCACCAUCUGCAGAGCCUUCUGUGAAGAGGGAUGUAGGAGCGGAGGGACCUGUGUGUCUCCCAACACGUGUGUCUGUCCCUCGGGAUUUACAGGACGCCACUGUGAGACAGAUAUUGAUGAGUGUGCAGAGGCCCUGAUUGAGUGCCACAACCACUCCCGCUGUGUCAACCUGCCCGGCUGGUACCACUGUGAAUGCAGAAGUGGUUUCCAUGACAAUGGCUCCUACCUGCUCGAUGGGAGCUCCUGCAUUGACAUCGAUGAGUGCACUUUGCAGACACACACCUGCUGGAAUGACAGUGUGUGUGUGAACCUCCCGGGAGGCUACGACUGCGUAUGCACAUCUGGUCCGGGCUGCAGUGGCGACUGCCCACAGGAGGAGGGAAUCAGACGCAAUGGCGAAGACUGGAAACCCAGUUUUGACCGCUGUGCUAUAUGCUCCUGCAAGGACGGGCAGACAUACUGCAGGAGGAGACCCUGUGAUUGCGCAGAUGCAGACGAGGAUCUCUUCUGCUGUCCCGGUUGUGACAACAGGCCCAGCAGCCAGUGUCUGGACCAGAGUGGACGCACGCUCUACCGCAGCGGAGCGUCCUGGCUGUAUGGCUGCCAGCAGUGUCGCUGCAUGGAGGGGGAGGUAGAUUGCUGGCCUCUGGUUUGCCCUGUGCUGAUGUGCGAGUACACAGCAGUGGCGGAGGGUGAGUGUUGCCCACGCUGCGUCACAGACCCCUGCCUGGCUGACAACCUGUCGUAUGACAUCCGGCAGACAUGCCAGGACCCUGCAGGCGUCGCCCGCUUCAGUGGAGACACAUGGCAUAUGCCCAGCUCACCCUGCACCACCUGCAAGUGUAAGAACGGGAAUGUUUGCUGCUCGGUGGAUCUUGACUGCCUUCAGAACAACUAAGGCUCUCCUUCUCCUUCUCCUCCUCCUACCAUCCUCCCCUCUCACUUCGGGACUGCCACUCCCCUCUCCUCCAUCUGACAACACUCCCCUUGGAUUCAUAAGACAGACUCACGCACACACACGUGCAUGCCAGUGUGUGCACAGAAAAUACAAACACACACUGGACAGACUGGGGUGCCGAGGCUGUGCUUCUAUGCUGUAAUUCUGUCAACAAACUGUGUGUGUGUGUGUAUGUGUGUGUGUGUGUGUGUGUGUGUGUGUGUGUGUGUGUGUGUGUGUGUGUGUGUGGUGUGUGCGCGUGUGGGGCUCAGGAUGAGACUGAGGCCAUAGUUGCUGUCACAACAGACACUGUGUUGUGUAUGUGUCUUUGCAUUGUUUCUAUUUCAUUACAUGUCUUGGGGAAACCAGUUCAGCGUUACGAGUCAAACCGAAAGAAAGAAGGAAAGGGAUUCAUGGCUUGGUCACCUACAAGAAGUUGUCACAAAACUUUUACUGUUGUGGUUAUUGAAAGUAAUGCAUCCUCUUUUAGUGUGAUUUUCUGUUACUGAAACAGGAGGUAGUUUAACGUUCAAUCAAGUCUGUGGGAAACAGGUGAAAAAUCUAAAUCUAUUAUUGUGUAUCUACAAAUGUAUGGUUUUCUAGCCAAACAUUCAAAGGGUUAAAACAAAUCCACAGUGCAUAGCUUCUCUUUAUAUACUGUUUAAAUGUCUUAUGACAACAUAUCAUUGAUCCCCAUUCAGAGACUGCAUCCUUUAAAGUACAUGUUUCUAAAUAUGUCUGUCAUAAUAACAAGGCUUCUCCUAUCUUAGAGUAUCUUACAACAUGGCCAUGAAAUGCAGCCUCCUUUCUACUAAAAGAAAGCCAAAUUAUUCCACUGCAGCCCACCGUAUACUAUUGUUCCUUGUGAGCUGGUCAGUUUAGGUCAAGUUUUAGUAGUGUUUUAACUUGGGCAGCAUCUUGGUGGUGAACUCAGAAACUAAUGACAUAGAAAUAAGGUUUCUGACUGAUGCAUUUUUGCCUGCGGUCCUUACCAAAGUCAAGGCCAUAGGCUGAAAUGUAUUAAUGUUUAAUAAUUAAGUUGUUCUCAAUACUACAAGUGUUGCUGAAACUUUAUUGAUCAGUAACACCUGAAUGCACCAGUAGUUUUGGUCUCUGCGAGGCUAGACUGUAUCAUUUCGAAAAGGUGGUGUAACCUUGACAUAUCAGACUAUUCUGAACGAAUAACUUGUCAGACCAUCGAACAGCAACAGCAACUAAAAUCGCUUGAAAAUGGUUUGGGGAUUGGGGGGGGCUGCAUCAAACCAUUUCAGAAAAUCUUCCAAGUCAAACAAUUGGACUAACACACCCACUUCAAGCAGUGAUUGGUGUGCAGAGAUGAGAAAGCAUGUAGGACUUGAACUUCUCUCUCAAGCUUGAUUGUCCAAAGUGUGUGCUUAUUCCCACUUGUGAGUGUGAUUCGGAACAAUUACUGCCUUUAGAUACAGCUGGAUGACACUUUCUGUGGAAUAGUUCAUUUCAAACACACUGCAGUUUUCAGGUGCUUUUAAAUUACCCACAUUCAUUUGCCACAUCCCUCAGGGAUUCAGGCUCUGAUUUGGGACAUAGCUGUUCUCUGCCCUGCUGAGCCAUUAACACUUCUGUCUCCAACACUUUCCAUUAACCUCAGCAUCUACUCUCUGAUGCGGUUGACUGCCAGAUAGUUAUGUAUGACAACAACAGCCAUGAUAUGAAAAACAUGUGACAGCAGAAUCCUGCAGGCCAGAACAAGCACCAGUCGUAGCUGGUGAUUAAAUCGGCAGAGCUUGUGGUGGCUUGGAGUCCUGUGGCGUCUCCCAGGGCUCCUCAGCUCUGAACUAUAUGGCGCACACAGAGUGUGGGCAGAGAUGCAUGAAAAAAGAGAAAGCGAGAGUGUGUGGAUAAUUAAAGCCAUGUCACACGGGCCUGGAUUUGAGUAUGCCAGGAGGUCACCAAGUGUCGAAUCUGUUUACAGACGGCCAGGCUUAUUAAGGCAGGAGAGUCUGGUGCUUUUCCUGUGACAGUUCACUCGUUCACAGCUCUGACGCUGGUCUGCCCUCCUGCCCUGUCCUAUCCUCCACACCUCUCUCCAUUAUCCUUUAGCUCGUCUCGAGAGCGCUAACGUUUCCCUCAAAUGUUGUUGUUAACACCCUGUGUGUCCAUCACCAUUGUUUUUCUUCACACGAAACCAGAGGAAAUCUCUAACAAGGCCUCAAAAUUUUCUGGAAUGAGCACAGAUUUUGAAAAGUGAAGUGGGUGUUCACCUUCUGGUCAGGUCAAAAAGAUAUUCAGUAAACUUUUGUUGUAAAACCACUCAACAGUCCGUUAAUUUGAAGUAAGUAAAAUAAUUUCGGUGGAAGAAUUUGUUUUUUUGGCAGGUUUUUUUUUAUGAUGAUUCCAACAGUUAAGGUCCUCUCUACACGUUCCUCUGCAUGUUUUUCUUCACCAUUAGCAUAGAUAGCAGAUAUUAGGACUCGUCCUUUUCCUUCAUAAGAAUCCAUUUUCUGCUUCAGACUGAUAAACACCUUCCAGAUAUUGAGAUAAUCCUUCACAGUGGAAAUAAAACCAUCAUAUGGUUUUGUCAAAGUUAAUCAGUAAAUCAGUCAGAUCUCUAAAAGAUACUGGUAUUCCCCAACAAGAUCAGGGCUGACACUAGUCCAACAUACAUGCAAUUUAAUUCCACUCGCUACAACACUGUAGAUCUAUCAUAGCCCAAAGCAAGAUGUGCUUGUAGAGCACCUUGGAUAAAAGUCUGAUGCAGGAGGUUAACAGUAUCCAGUGACAACACAACAGGUAUCUGAAGGCAGGAAAUUAGGAAAGCAGGAUGUCUACAGAGUCACUUCUCAUGUGUCUUAAUGUUAUGUGUGUUACAAUAUGACAGCAGUCUAUAAAAAUUCUUGUAUUGAGAGCAAUACAGCAGUCCUGAGAUUUUGAAAGUGUUGUAGCCUGCAUGAGGUAUACUGGAAAACCUUGGGCAUAUCUCAUCGGCCUUUUGAAUUGAAAGUAAAUAUCUCUGUCAUUCCCUUCUGCUGACCUUCCUUUGUCUAAUCUCGACCUAGCUCGUUUCUGGUCAUGUUUCCGCUCUGUCACAGAACAGUACAGGAAGAUAUUUUUCUAGCCUUUUGUGCACAGAGCACAUCAUUUAGAUUCCAAAGCAAGGUGGUCAUUUCAGAAACUUUUGGGAAAGGUGAUGCUGGUUGUUUGGGCCCCAGAGAAGACAGUGGCAAGCAGCAAUGUGUGCUGCCGCUCUGACCUCUCAGCCACAAUGUCCUUGUUUCGUUUUUGGUUUUUGGCCACCACACUGUUUGUGUCUUGUCUGUGUACGCUCCUCCAUUGUCACCACGCCCCUUGUAAAACUAACACUGUCAACUGUGCACAAAACACACACACAAAAAAGGGGAAAAAAAUGGUAUCUGUACCCAUCGAAGUUUAAACACAGCAAUCGAAAGCAGACAUUUGUACAGAAGAUCACUGAAAACAAGGUUUUCAGAUUGCUCUGUUGAUUGAUUUGAUAUGAAAUAUAAUGAUUACUGUAAAACACUAUUUGCAAGUCUGUGUGUAAAUGUUUUUACAUACUGACGAUAUGAUAAAAUUAUACAGUUUUUUAAUUAUCAUUGUGUUCAUGAAUAAUGUGUUAAUUUUAGUGGACUACUUUUCUUUUAGUGGGAUAGGUUCUGUUUUGCUGUAAAUACUGUGUAAAGUGAGAGGUUCUGUAAAGAGAGUAAGACUAUGUGAAUAAUUCUCACUACCACAGCUUCUUAGUAUAUGAGCGUUGUAAGUCAAGUAUGAGAGAGAAGCAACAUUUCUAUUGUUUCUACUAUUUCUUUAUUUUUCUAUUCUUGCCUUAACCCUUUUAGUAUCUGUCAUAGUUUAAUGUCUUUUCACUGUUUUAGGACAACAUUAUGGAUUUGACUAGCCUGUGUGUAUGUACAGAUCUCUGAUCAGUGUCUCUCACUAAAAACGUCAAACAGAAGCGGAUUUUGGAAAUCGGAACAAGCGUAGUCUAAGCAUCUUUGUAAACAGACGAGGAGCUUGGACAGACUGUUCACCACACUGACAAGCCAUUUUUUUUCUCCAACACACGUCUGUAUGAACUGAAAAAUCUCUUCACAAGAACCAGACAAAAUAGAACUAUGUACACAUGUAAAAAAAAAAAAAGAAGAAAAAAAAGAAAAAAAAUCUAAUGUUGAAAAUGACAAUGUUGUUCUUGAUUCAGUUCCUACUAAAAAUAGCAAGCCAUUGUGUUUCUCCUUUAAUGUCUGACUUUUCAAAAAGCAGCAGUUUUGGACCUUCUAGAUCCUGAUGUGCUUGUUCAUGUUUUUGAUAGAAGACCGCGACGGAGGAAUCCCCCAGGUCUGUUCAUUGUUACUUCUCCAGAUCAGAGUGGCCGACUUAAUUGUACUCAAAGGGUUAAGUGUCAUUUGACUUGAAGACUGUGUCGUGAUAAGAGUUUGCUGUAAAAAAAAAAAAACUUCAGUUAAUAAAUAUUUUAGUUGUUUACUUUA